GCAUUAAACGCUUCCCCCACUGGCUCUUUCUUCCUCUGUUCUGUUCUGUUCUGUUCUUUUCUGUUCUACUGUGUUCCUCUCUCCCUUGACCUUGCGGCCGGAGAAUGGAGGAAGACGACGAGACCUGCAAGCAGGACUGCCGGAGAUGGGAAGAAGACAUCUACUGGACCCAUUUCCGCUCCAUCCAUUUCUUCCAGUUCCUCCGUGGCGAUUUCCAGAAGCAGCUCGUAAGUCUCUCACCUCCCUCCUCAUCAAAUGCCCACCAACGGGAAACCCAAAAUGGACAUACCCAAAUUGCCAUGCCGAAGAAGUUCGCCGAGAAUAUGAAGAACAAGUUGGGGGAGAAUGUGUUCCUGAAAGGUCCCAGUGGUUCGAUAUGGAAGGUGGGUCUGGCGGCCGAGGAAGGCGGGCUUUUCUUCAAGAGGGGGUGGGAGGAGUUCGUGAAGGAUCACCCUUUGGCGGAGAAUGAUGUCCUUAUGUUCAGGUUCAGUGGGAACUCGCGGUUCGAGGUGUUGAUGUUCGAUCAGCGGAGCUUGUGUGAGAAGGAGGCGUCCUACUUCUGCAAGAAGUGGGGGCAGAACGAGAAAGAGAGUGAGGCUGGGAUGAAGAGGAAGGCGAGGGAAGGUUCCGAGGUUGUUACCGAGUCUCCGUUGCCUCAGGAUGCUGUGCGUGCUCCUGCAGAGGAGCAGCCCCAGAAGGAGGAGGAGACUGCGCCCGCUGCGACAAGAAAGAAGGGGCGCAGGAUCGUGACUCCGAGGAGAGCUUCGCUUGCGAAUGUUGGGAAAGAAAGUAGCCUGAUUGUGAUCGAUCAAGACAAGAAGCGCAGUCCAGUGAAAAGCCCCUCUGCAUCUUCGACUCCCCCGCAGAAAGGCAAAGUUACAAGACGAAGAUCUGUUCAUAAAGACUCGGGGUUUACACAUGUAUUUGUAUCAAAGAAAAAUGCUGCUGUCAAAAGUCCAGCGCAUGUUCUGAUGAUGCAGCGGGCCCAGGCUGCGAUGAAAAGUGAAAGUUUCUCCGUCGUGAUGCAGCCUACUCACGUGUACAAGAGGUUUUAUUUGUCAAUUCCUGUCCAGUGGGCAGACAAGCACCUCGGUCGAUGUCAUCAGAACAUCAUCCUCCGCGUUAAGGACAAGACAUGGAAGACACGCUACAACUACACCUCCCGCAACUGCGGAGGAAUCUCUGGCGGGUGGAGGAGCUUUGCCCUUGACAACUACCUACAAGAGUCCGAUGUCUGUCUCUUCGACCUCGGGGACAGCAUAGACGGUACAGUUGUCUUAGACGUCACCAUCUUCCGUGCAAUCGAGAGCGUGAUCCCCGCUGUUCCAGAGGCUUCUGCGCCUCCCGCCGAAGGUCCGCUCUGAAUGUAAUGUUUGAUGGUCACCAAUCUCCCUUCUCAUUUUGAAGCGGUAGUAGUCAUGCAUUUUGGAGAAGUUAUGUGGUAGGUUUUUGGACUUAAAACUGUGUAAAAAUGUUGUGUCGAAGGAUCUCUUAACUGUGUCUGGCACGUUCCAUUGACUCCGAACCUGAAAAGACUAUGAUCAAUAUGUAAAUGUUAUCCUGUGUCUUGUGCCUUCUUUGUGGUAA